GAUUGGCCGAGGAACGUGACGUCACGGCGCUCCGAGUAUAAAACAAGACGAGGACGGAGAUUGUCGCGAUUCUUAUUUCGGUCUGGCCUGCCGCGGCCUGCCAUCAGCCUUCCCCCUCCAGAAAUAAUUGGCGUGAGAAUCGGAAGCGCCUAAGAACACCGACCGUUGACUCACUGAUCCCGGCAACCCUGUGGUCACGGAGAGUAAUCCAUCUGCCUCUCGCGUGCCGCCGCUCAAGCCACCUGGGGGUACCUGGCCGCGCCCCGCCUUACGCAACACCUGUGCAUUCCUAAGCCCUCCUAAACCAGUCCAGCCCGUGAGUGCAGAUAGCGUGCGGAAUGAGGCUGUUUGGAGCGCCCUUGGUGGUGGCGCUGGUGGUGGUGGUAACGCUAGAGGCGGCGCAGGAGACGUCCUUCUCGUGCACAGGACGCUCCUACGGGUACUACGCUGACGUGGAGGCCGAGUGUGAGAUGUUCCACAUUUGCAAUAACAACGUCAAAUGGACCUUCCGCUGCCCCAACCAGACCCUCUUCAACCAGCAAUACCUCGUGUGCGACCACACGGCCAACGUGGACUGCUCAGCGGCGGCGUCUCUCUACAGCGUCAACGACGACUUCGGGAAGGUUGAAGACGAAACCGAAUCUCCGCCUUAGUGCCCCUCCCAGCCACUACCGAUGAUCCCUUCCCCGUCGACGACCCGCCACCUGCACGCCGACCCUCGCCAGCCAUGCAUGGGGCUCCGUGUUUACUGGGUGUAGGAACUGUUCAGUAGGGGCGUUAAGGUGUACUGGAAGGUAACAUCGAUUGGGAAUAUAUGCAGCACUUCCACCUUUGUAACAUUGUACCACUGUAGGUAGUGUGUCGCACUGACAUAAUGGUUAGUUAGCCCGUCUUCAAAAACAACGGAACACCGAAUCAUUGCGGUAAAUGGCGCACUGGCCACCCAUUUGUUAUAGUGUUUUUCAUGUUGGUAAAUGAAGGGUUGCUUUGGGAAGCACUAGAAGACCAGAGGAAGGUAAUGGACGCCAACUUGGAUGUCACAAUGAUCCUACUUGCUUCCCUGCGAGUGAUGGGUGUCGGCUCAGCGUUCAAACUCGAAACGCAAGGAAACGUAACCGAGAGCCGUGGGAAAGUGCAGUCGUGGGCUUGUCCACUGAUUUGGCAUUUCUGUUUUGGGGUGUUUGUUGUUAUAUUUCCGUUGAUCUUCCUCCCUGCAGCCUUGGGGCCCGGGGUGUAGUGUAGUGCCAUGAAUAGUUAUCCUGAGAAUCCCGCUUCGUUCCGACACGCCAGUCGGAGUCGGUGUAGUGUGCCGCGUCAGAUGCCACUUGGCCAUAAUAAAGGUUAAGUAAAACAGU